AUGACGCCUGCAAUCCAAACUAUCCUAUUCCUCACAAGUCCCGAACACGGGCAAUCAAACGUGGGACUUGCAGUAGCAGAAGAGUUCCUCCAGCGCGGAGAGUACGAAGUGCACAUAGCCUCCUUCCAUCCAUUAGCAGCACGCGUCCAAGCAAUCAAUAACCAAGCUGAUUUCGACCGAGUUGCACGCUUUCAUACAAUCGCAGGUCCGUCCAUGAGUGAGCUUGUCGCUCGCGAGACACCUAAUAUAUGCCAUAAGCCCGGGAUUGCAGGUACACUGGAUGGCUGUGACAAGAUUAAUAAAUCUGUUCUUGCCUGGAGUCCUGAAGAGUAUCUGCGAUCAUACCGGAGUUGUCUUGAGAUUUUGAAGGCUGUUCAACCGGUCGUUGUGGUUGUUGAUCCGCUCUUGCAUCUUGGCUUGGACGCUGCUCGCAGUGCGCAGAUGAAAAUCGUCAUUCUUUGGCCUGUGCCAUUGAAAGAUGUGGUUAUUAUGGUACAACCCAAGCUUGGGAUUCUGUGGAAAUAUCCUCUCACGGGGUCAGGCUACCCUUUCCAACUCCCUUGGCACUUAAUUCUCUCAAACAUAUACAUGGUCCUCUGCUUCGGUAUCAUCGUCCGCCUCGGCAAACCAAUGCGGGAGCUUUUGAAAUGCCGCAAGAAAGCAGGGAUCAUGACACCAUUUCCUCAUCUGCUGCCCUACUGCGCAGAGCAUUUACAUCUAUCGCCCUGCUUUCCAGCAAUGGAUUUCCCACUACAUGUCCCCGAUAAUGUGAUUAGCUGCGGACCAAUCCUCCGACCUCAUUCAUCACUAGCAGCAAACGACCCCUCCCUAAACGCAUGGUUGACAGUACCAACUAUUCUGAUAUGUCUCGGGUCCCACGUCCAAGCCCUAGAAAACGAUGCGAUGCAAAUGGUACGGGCUAUCCAAACGGUCUUCAGUAAAUACCCCGAUAUCCAUGUCCUAUGGAAGCUGCGAUAUGAUUGGGAAACUUCGCCCCGAGUUAAAGCCAUUCUCGGACCACUGGUUUACUCUGACAAAGUGAGAGUGGUCUCGUGGAUCCAGCCGGAGAUUAUAUCGCUCUUGGAAAGCGGGCAUAUAGUUGUCUAUGUGCACCACGGCGGGGCAAACUCGUUUUUUGAAGCGUGCAAAGGAGGCAUUCCACAGGUUGUUCUCCCACAGUGGUUCGAUACGGGCGUCGGAAUUCUCUUCGGCUUUAUUGCGAGUCCUGAAAGAUAA